UUCUGGUGACACUGAGAGUAUAAACUGGGGCUGGGAUCUGCCCCUGCACCAGAGCAGAGGCCAGCAUGAAGACAGGCACCGUUUUCGUUCUGGUGGCUUUCAUCAUCAUGGGGCUGGAGGUGGCCUGUGCUCAGAGACCUCCUAUCAGAGGAAAGCAGAGACCUGGAUUCUGCCCAGAGGUGCCCAAAGAUUCUCCAGGGAUUUGUCUUAAUGGGUGCUCAGGAGAUGAUUCCUGUCCCAAGGGAAUGAAAUGCUGCAGCAAUGGAUGUGGCUACAUCUGCAAAAAGCCUGUCUUCAAGAAGGGUGACUCUGGUGGCCGUGGGAAAGCCGGACUGGAAGUUUAUUGAGCAUGCCUGGAGACCUGCACCAGAAGAUUUCUCAUGAAUCCACGAAUUCGAUGCUUGGCAUGGUGACAAAACACUCCCUGCUAUUUCCUCUUCCUGGAAUUGGAGCCCUGGAAGAUGAAGAUCUAAAAUGGUGGAAUGAUUGCUUUCUAAAGAGCUUGUGUCCAAAAUAAACUGUUUCUAUGGCAUUA